CGCCGCCCCAGGCCGGCGGCGGGUCCGCCCUGGCCGAGCCGUCCGCGCCUUUCCCACAGUGCCCCGCGCCAGGCCCCGCCCCGCUCGCCCUGGAGACCGGCGUGCGGAGCGGACGGAGGGUGGCUGUUCGCGGCUGCCCGGGCGGCUCAACCUCCCCAUCCCGAGCGCGGCGGCCCGGCGGCCCGAGAGUGCGCGCUCCCCUCCCGCUCGCACCGCGGCGCUCGGCCGGUAGGAUUAGCCGACGGGGAGGAGGACGGGGGGGGAGCUGUGGAGGCGACCCCGCAGCACCGAGAUUAACAAUUCGGGAGACAAUUUUAUGAUCUUGAGUCACCCGUGGAGUAAUGUGGACAGAAGUUCUCAACCUUGCAUGUUCUAUCAGCCGGAACCAGCGGUGUAUAUUAAUGUUCACUUAAAUCAGAACUUGUAUAAGAAAAAGAAUGGGAGUCUGGUUAAAUAAAGAUGACUAUGUUAGAGACUUGAAAAGGGUCAUCCUCUGCUUUCUAAUAGUGUAUAUGGCUGUGUUAGUGGACACAGAUCAGGAUUUUUACAGUUUACUUGGAGUAUCCAAAACUGCAAGCAGUAGAGAAAUAAGACAAGCUUUCAAGAAGUUAGCAUUGAAGCUUCAUCCUGAUAAAAACCCGAAUAACCCAAAUGCACAUAGUGAUUUUUUAAAAAUAAAUAGAGCGUAUGAAGUACUCAAAGAUGAAGAUCUGCGGAAAAAGUAUGACAAAUACGGAGAAAAGGGACUUGCAGAUAAUCAAGAAGGAGGCCAGUAUGAAAGCUGGAAUUUUUAUCGUUAUGAUUUUGGUAUUUAUGAUGAUGAUCCUGAAAUCAUAACAUUGGAUAGAAGAGAAUUUGAUGCUGCUGUUAAUUCUGGAGAACUGUGGUUUGUGAACUUUUACUCCGCAGGAUGUUCACACUGCCAUGAUUUAGCUCCCACAUGGAGAGACUUUGCUAAAGAAGUGGAUGGAUUACUUCGAAUUGGAGCCGUUAACUGUGGCGAUGAUAGAAUGCUUUGCCGAAUGAAAGGAGUGAACAGUUAUCCCAGCCUCUUCAUAUUUAGGUCUGGAAUGGCUGCAGUGAAAUACCAUGGUGACAGAUCGAAGGACAGUUUAGUGAGCUUCGCCAUGCAGCAUGUCAGAAGCACAGUGACAGAAUUGUGGGCAGGAAAUUUUGUUAACGCCAUACAAACUGCUUUUGCCUCUGGUAUUGGCUGGCUGAUAACGUUUUGUUCCGAAGGAGGAGAUUGUUUGACUUCACAGACACGUCUCAGGCUUAGUGGCAUGUUGGAUGGUCUUGUUAAUGUAGGAUGGAUGGACUGUGCCACCCAGGCCAACCUUUGUACAAGUUUGGAUAUAACAACAAGUUCUACUGCCUAUUUUCCUCCUGGAGCCACUUUAAAUAACAAAGAGAAAAGCAAUGUUUUGUUUCUUAAUUCAUUGGAUGCUAAAGAAAUAUAUUUGGAAAUAAUGCAUAAUCUUCCAGAUUUUGAACUACUUUCGGCAGACACACUAGAGGAUCGUUUGGCUCAUCAUAGAUGGCUCUUAUUUUUUCAUUUUGGAAAAAAUGGAAAUUCAAAUGAUCCUGAGUUGAAGAAACUAAAGACUCUACUUAAAAAUGAACAUAUUCAAAUUGGCAAGUUUGACUGUUCCUCUGCACCAGAUAUCUGUAGCAAUCUCUAUGUUUUUCAACCAUGUCUAGCAGUAUUUAAAGGACAAGGAACCAAAGAAUAUGAAAUUCAUCAUGGGAAGAAGAUUCUCUAUGAUAUACUUGCCUUUGCCAAAGAAAGUGUUCAUUCUCAUGUUACCACACUUGGACCUCAAAAUUUUCCUGCCAAUGACAAAGAACCAUGGCUUGUUGAUUUUUUUGCCCCUUGGUGUCCACCAUGUCGAGCUUUAUUGCCAGAGUUACGAAAAGCAUCAAAGCAUCUUUAUGGUCAGCUUAAAUUUGGUACACUAGAUUGUACAGUUCAUGAGGGACUUUGUAACAUGUAUAACAUUCAGGCUUAUCCAACAACAGUGGUGUUCAACCAGUCCAAUGUUCAUGAAUAUGAAGGCCAUCACUCUGCUGAACAUAUCUUGGAGUUCAUAGAGGAUCUUAUGAAUCCUUCGGUGAUCUCCCUGUCACCCACCACUUUCAAUGAACUAGUUAAACAAAGAAAACAUGAUGAAGUCUGGAUGGUUGAUUUCUAUUCUCCGUGGUGUCAUCCAUGUCAAGUUUUAAUGCCAGAAUGGAAAAGAAUGGCCCGGACAUUAACUGGACUAAUCAAUGUGGGCAGCAUAGACUGCCAACAGUAUCAUUCUUUUUGUGCUGAAGAAAAUGUUCGAAGAUACCCUGAGAUAAGAUUUUUCCCCCCAAAAUCAAAUAAAGCUUAUCAAUAUCAUAGUUACAAUGGUUGGAAUAGGGAUGCCUAUUCCCUAAGAAUUUGGGGUCUAGGAUUUUUGCCUCAAGCAUCUAUAGAUCUUACACCUCAGACCUUCAAUGAAAAAGUUUUACAAGGAAAAAACCAUUGGGUGGUUGACUUCUAUGCUCCUUGGUGUGGACCUUGCCAAAAUUUUGCUCCAGAGUUUGAGCUCCUAGCUAGGAUGAUUAAAGGAAAAGUGAAAGCUGGAAAAGUAGACUGUCAGGCCAAUGCUCAAACAUGCCAGAAAGCUGGUAUCAGAGCUUAUCCGACUGUUAAAUUCUUUCCCUACGAAAGAGCAAAGAGAAAUAUUGGGGGAGAGCAAAUAGAUUCCAGAGAUGCAAAAGAGAUUGCUUCUUUAAUAUAUGAAAAAUUGGAAAAUCUCCAAAAACAUGGAAUGAGAAAUAAGGAUGAACUUUAAUGAUAGUGAAGAUGAAGAAAAAGUUGAAAAGAAAUUCUGACAAGUGACAUCAGAAGAUAUCUUCUUAGACUGUUACUACAUUCAUGGUGGGAAUAAGUGAACAUAUAUUGGACUUGUAAUUGCACUUUCUAAAUUCUAUACAACAUUGGUAUGAAAGAAGGUCUGCAAGCUUUCUAUAAUGUGCCAGGUCAUAAAUAUUUUAGGCUUUGUAGACCUUAUGCAGUUCUUUGUCACAUACGCUGUUUUGCUUUGUUUACAACCCUUUGAAAAAUGUAAAAACCACUCUUAGCUGAGGGCCAUCCACAGACCACAAGCCACAUUCAGUCCAUGAGCCAUAGAUUGCUGACUACUAGAAAUGAUGUUUGGGCUGGCUGGCUUGAACAUGAGUCUGCUCUGCUAGUGUACUAGUAUAUGUCUAAGUGAUACAAAGUGAACUUUAUCACUUAAUGUGUUGUGGCUCGCCUGAAAAAAGAGAGCUUGGUUUUCAAUCACCUGUUCUUCUAAAACUUCUCUGAAAUUCUCUAAUCAUAUAUUUCAUUUUAAAAAAAUGUGAUGUGGCAAAACAAACAGAUACCCUAUUUUCAUGAUGUAUUAUAGUGAAGAGAUUCUUCAUUCUUUCUUAAAGGUUGAAGAAUUUUAAUUCCACAAUUGAGAAAAAUUUUUGUAACAAUGAGUAAGCAAAUUCUAUAGAUUUCUACAGCAUCCAGAAAUACCUGAAGAAAAAAAUAUGUACAACAAUUAACGGGGCACUGUAGAAUAUCCCAAAUAUAUCAAGUAUUUAGAGUUCUAUAUUUUAAAGAUAUGUGUUAAUUUAUUUUCUAAGUAUUUUUCAUAAAGGUUUUCCCUGUGAUGCUAAUUAACUUUUGAAGCAUCUUUCUAAUAUUUAUGUUUUUGCCUUCUGGGCUCUUUUGUUGUGUAUCCUUUAUUUACAUUUGCCAGUUUUUCUUCAUAGUUGUUGUUUUUCACUCUUGUCUAUUCUCUUCAUUAUUCAAACAGGAAAAAUAACUUCGCAAUUUUACUAUAACUCAUUGAUAACGUGGUCAUUCCAAUUAUUAAUUGGAGGCGAUCAUGUUCAGAUAAAUAUUGGCACAAUAAUGAGUUAUUUUUGUAAGAAAAUUAAGUAUAUAAAUCUAAGAAUGAGAUCUUUUAGUUUCUCAGUUGUUCAGAAUCAAAUAAUUAUAAUUCAAGGUGUGUGUGAUGGUAAAAAUUUUAAUUGAGCAAAAAAGAGGUCAUUGAAUUUAAAAAAUAUCUUCAGUUUUCCCAAACACCUAUUAGGGUCUACGGCCAUACCACCUUGAACGCGCCCGAUCUCGUCUGAUCUCAGAAGCUAAGCAGGGUCAGGCCUGGUUAGUACUUGAAUGGGAGACCAAACACCUAUUAGGAUUAUGCUUUAUUAUAUUGGAAGAGUUUUGUUUUUUAAAUAUUUUACCUCCUUCCCCAAAAUUUCCUCAUAUUUUAUAGCUACAAUUUAUAGGGAAAAAAUAUUUUUUAUUUUAUUUUCAAGUGUAACCCUAUUCUUCAUAGUCUCUCCCAUGUUGUUUUUAGUGUAUUCCUUAAUUCCUUAUCUUAGAUCUCAUUUUACACAUGUAGGCACAUACAGAAUAAUUACCACUUCUAGCCUUAAUUUAACACCACCUUUUUGAAUUAUGAUCAGUAAUGGCAAGUGCCUUUCAUUUAUUAAGUUUUCAAAGCCUAGAAAAUUUUCUGAAUUGGCUUGUCUCUAUAAGAAUCCUAAAAUGGAAUGCCUGAAGAAGUCCUGGUGAAUGUUUACUGAUUACUGUACUAGUUAUAUGAAUGCCAGUGUGCUGGACACUGGGAGUACAAAAUGGCCCAAGUGUGUGUGAUUCACAGUUCUGACACUGAAUCCAUAAACAAGGAUGCGGCACCUAUCUGCUACUACCUGUAAGUAUAAUUCCAAAUUUAGUUGAAAAACAUCUUAAACAGUAAAUAAAUGGGAAAUGUUACAUAUCCUGUAACUAGGCCUAAGUAUGUGCCUGUGGAAUCAGCUGUAAAGCCAGCGCUAUCUGGGAGUCAUGGUAAGUAACGUGUAUCCUGCAAUCACAUCAGUAUCAUUGGUAUUUAAAAGACCGCUGACAGAAUUCAAGGCUUUAAUGGCCACAUUCGUGCAGGAGAGCACCUCUAAAGAUGCCAUUUCUCUCAGCAACCCCAUUGUUGUGUGGCCUCGGGUAACACAACAUUCAUUUCUAGCAGACCAGAGUGCAUUCUGUCAGGCAGCUAGAUUUGAAAAUGAGAUACAUUUAAAUAUGUGACGAUGUGAAACCAUUCUGAAUGUCUGUUUUUGGUAUUAAUGAUGCUUGCGUAUCUCAGUUUUCCAGUUUUUAACAUCUUUCAUAUCUUUUUUACUUAAAGUAUGUGAUUAAGAUAAAAGAAAAAUAAAAUUAAAUUGUUGUAUAAUGA